AAAUUGCGAGACGAAUUUUUUGAGCCUAAUUGCGCUAUGAUUUGACAAUGUGAUGCUAGAAUGAUGGAUUAAUUAUGCUUAAUAAAUUCAUUUCGUAGUUUGUAUGCGAAAUUUGUAAUUUACUUUCUUGUUACUUUACAUUUAAUAUUCCGAAUAUGUGUCCGUAUGCUUCAAAAAUUUUACAUGCAAAAACUAAACAAUACCUAACUAUCAAAUAUCAAGUUGAGUGUUCAAUUCGCGUUCCCUGUCUUCCCUGUGGAGCGUGGAAACCCCAGGAUGUUGAUGAAUCGAAUGCCCUUGCCACUGAGUAAUGGAGCGAAUUGCUUGCCUUUGACUUGAUUCGGGUCGGAGCUUCACGAUUCCGGCCGGCGGGCGGCGGCGGCGGCGGCGGCUGAUAGAUCGGAGCAGGAAGUGACGAUCCAGACCAGGGCAGGGGCCCAUUUGAAUAUAUUCGGAUCGCGAUUAGUAAUCGUGAUACGAAUCAGGGGGUUUUAUGUAAAAUGUAAGGGCGUAUUUGCGAAAACCAGGGUCUCUUCUGCAAGACAUUCGGGGGCGGCGGUAUGGGAUCCGGCGCGCCGUGCUGCCGCCGGCCGGCUACCGCCGACCUUGCCGCCGUGCGUCCCUCGCUCCCUUCCAUAUUUCCAGGCCACCACUUCGUCCAGUCCGCUGUGGUUCCCUCACCCGCGUCGCGUCUUCCUCGGCAGCGCCGGCGCCAUCGAUCGAGAUUCGAGAGGUCGCGCGGCGGCCGGAGACGGCGAGGGUCCGUGCCACCUGUAUCUCGCUGAGACGGCGCCCGCACGUUCAACUUCCGUUCCUCUUCUUCUCAAGCUGCCCUGCCUGCUGGGUUCCUCUGCAAAGGCCCAUGCAUUUUCCCCCCAAUCCUACCAAGAAACAGAGGUCAGGACUCUUCUCCUCUUCCUCGUCGCCGCCGGCGCGGCGGGUCAUUACCGAUUACGCCUCCUCGGGCGAGAAGGCGGGACGCGCCGUAAGACACUCGGGCUACAAGGCGGAGGCUUCGCAAGCCCCUCUCUCGCCGCCGGAAACGGACCCGGCGGGCGGAGCCUCGCAUUCGGCGGAAAGGCGAGAGCGCCGCGACGGUGUUCGGAGAAAUGCCGCACCGGAGUCCGCGGCUGACCGGCGGGUUGAUUGGCUGGUUCCAAGCUCUCUCGUCACGCAGUCUUAUGCCGUAUCUACACCGGUCUUCGGGCCAAUGGAGUCUCGCCUUCUUGGAACAUUGGUCAAGUCCAAGUCCAAUGAACGCGGUUUCCUUGGAAGUCCACUCUCUUGCGGCCACUUUCUUGGACUUCAGCUUCUCAACACGAUUUCUUGGAGCUUUCUCUAUCGGCUAACUUCCUGGGACCUUCGUUCCAUGCGGCUGUGCUAGUGUCCAAGACGGUGUUGGGGACUCGUGGAAUUGAGCAGUUGCCUAAACUGUCAGAGCUUCGUUCCUUGCACUAUCACCAAGACACUUAAAUACCAAGCGCCAUCGGUAUCAACUGUCUUGUGCUGCCUGCCUCAGGUGGGUGUGGUACUGACUACUGAGAAAGAGACAGGCAUUCGGGAGACACCGAGAUAGCAUCCAAGAUGGCGCUAUGGAAUGGUCUCGGGCAGGCUGCCACCCUGGCGCAGCUGGCUGGGGUGGAUGCUGGUGGUCUCAUCUCGAUGAUCAUCCAGGCCGUGCAAACAGUUCACCGUAACAGGGAGGAGUGCCAGCAGCUUGCGCACCAUGUCAUGAUGAUCGGCGACCUCCUGCAGGUGCUCCAGCAGUCAGAGAUGAUGCAGCGCCUGGAGAUCAGGAGACCACUUGAUGGAUUGGAGGACACCCUUCGGCAUGCCUACGUGCUAGUCACGUCGUGCCAGCGGAGCAACGUCAUGUACCGCUUCUUCAUGGCAUGGAAUCAGGCUCAAAAGUUCCGUGAUGUGCGGGACAGAAUUGAUGCAUAUCUCCGGAUCUACCCUUUGAUCAGCCACAUCGACACAAGAUAUUUUUUGAGCGGAAUUUACAGUCAUACCCAUCCUUCAGGCACCCAGCCCCAGGUUACGGAAGAGGUACAGGAGUCAUUUCCUUGUCAUGCAAACUCUGAUUAUCGGACUCAAGAAAGCGCCUUUGAUGACAACGGCAUUGAAUCAGUAGAGGUUCAAACAGUAACCGAGCUAUUUGCAGUAGAAGAACAGAAACAUUAUGGAUGUAAGAAUGCUCAAGUUUUGCCAAAAAGGAGGCAUUGGUUCAGGAGACUUGUUCAGUGGACUCGAAGGGAUACAUCGACACCUGAAUUCAUUCUGGGGUUCAUUGGUCAAGAACAAACAGUGGGCUCUCUCAAUGAAAUAUGGUUCCAAAACCCAUCCAGUGCCAAAGGGGAAAUGAGGUUUCAACUGACAGGCUUUACAGUUUACAAGUUCUCUCAGUUGGCUGCGUCAACAAAUAAUUUCUCAUCUUACAAUAUAAUUGGAAGAGGUGGUUAUGCUAAUGUUUACAAGGGCAUACUGCCAAAUGGGGUUGUUAUUGCGAUAAAAACCUGUAGUGGAGAACAUAUAUCUAAGCGACCUGUAUUCGAAAAUGAAGUUCAGAUUACCUCGAAACUUCAGCAUGCAAACAUACAUAAACUUCUGGGAUGUUGCAUUGAAGGAGACAACAGGAUUUUGGUAUAUGAAUAUAUGCCAAGAGGAAGUUUACACUUUAUGAUUCAUGAGCUAAGAGUAGGCGUCUCGCUUGCCUGGCCUAAACGGUUUCAAAUAAUUGAAGGUAUUGCCCAGGGUGUUGUUUAUCUACACCAGCACUCCCGACCACGCAUAGUCCAUGGGGAUCUGAAACCUAGCAAUAUUCUCUUGGAUUCGGAUAUGACACCUAGAAUUAUUGAUUUUGGUUUGGCGCAAGUCUUAAGUUAUGAAGAUGAGAAAGACACUGGCUGGGUGGCAGGGACUUUCUACUACCUUGAGCCAGAAUUUUGUCGCACUGCCAUUAUCUCAACUAAGAGCGAUGUGUAUUCCUUUGGUGUUAUUUGUCUCGAGAUAAUCACUGCUCGAAAUGCUUCUACCUUCUCCACCAAGGGGCAAUCCUUGGUUGUUUAUGCUUGGGAAUUAUGGUCAUCAGAAAGAGCAAUGGAGCUGAUAGAUCCAGCACUGCGUGUUGAACCAGGAACAAGCAAGAUACUUCGAUGCUUCCAGAUAGCACUAUUGUGUGUUCAAGAUAAUCGGGCAGACAGGCCAACAAUGUCAGAUGUUCUGAUGAUGCUAAAAUGUGAUUGUCUGACCUUGCCUGUCCCUAGGCGACCUGAGGAUCAAUGGGGACCAAGGGGUUUAUCAGCAGAUGACAGGGAUUCGGCAGGCCAUACAUGCUAUUCAAGCGCAGGGUGGACGAGUGAAGAAUUAGAAGGCAGGUGAUGUGACAACAGUGACCUAGACAUUAUUGCUUGAAGCAGCAUAAUGUAGAGGGUAGUACUAAUAGCAUCGUUGUGGCUAAUGAGUUUACCUACUGUCAAUACAUGACUGUGAUUGUGGUGACAUUGUCUUUUCAAGGGCAUGUUUGCACUGAAUGUAAAUAAAACUUGUGCGCGCAUCCCCGUGAUUCACACACCUCCAGUUUCUUCA